AGCGGUCGCAACGCGUUCGCCGGCGAAGCCGGGGCGAGUUCCGCACCGAGACAGACCCAGCGAGGGAGCGAAGCGCCGAAGCGCCAUGCUUUGAGAAGAGGAUGCCAGCCCAGCCCUUCAGUGCGCGGAAAUCGCUGGCGGUGAAGACCCAGGCUCCACGGCAACAUGUUCAGAAGUCCUUGGUGCAAGAGUCGGUGAAGUUCGAACGCCGCACCAGGGAAAAUGAAACCAAUGAUGAAUGGGUCACUGGCGAGGGGAUGAACUUCCCCAAGAACCACGACCGCUGGGCGCAUAAGGUGGACAAUGGCACGAGGGAGUCCUUUGAGUCGGAGCGAAGCCAGAGCAAAAAAAUCACUCUCGAUCGGAUGCCCUUCCCAUCCACUGGAGCCUACAUGGGCAAGUUGUGGCGAAACCCGGUCACUGCCCGGUUGAGCCUCCGGAAGGUGCAUCAACAACACGACUUUCAGCUCAUUGACUUGUACACCAGGAGCCAUGUGACCAAGACGCCGAGUGAGAUGGCCAAAGAUCCCUAUCUCUACAAGCCGGUGAUUUUGACUCUUCGCACCUGGAUGUACCACGACUUCUUCAGGCAGAAGAAACUGGUUGCAUCCGCUGAUGAGAAUGGCAUGGUGAAGUGGGUUCUGGAUCUCCCCUGUGUUGAUGCACCGAUCAACAGCGGCCAGAAAUCCUCCGUUCUUUACUACAUGCCCAUGGCCUUGUUCAGCUCCUUUACCAAAGACCCGGCCACGGUGUCUUCGACCUUGUUGGCGCUCAUCGCCUUGGGAGUCCUGUCGGCGAUGUGCAACUCCGCCCAACUCUAUAGCCGGCAACGGGUCUACGGCAUCCCGUUGCGGUUGAUCCAUUUGAGCGUGGUCAUCUUCACGGUGGCCCAGAGCACCCUCGACACCAUGUCUCUCGUGGGUUACAUCUUGACCUUCUUCUUCAUCGCUUUGGACAUCUUUGAUGGGGAUCUCUCAAUGCUGACGAGCUACAGGUUCUGGUGCCGCUACGCGGUGGUUCGGGAGCUGCCCAUGCGCUGCUUCAUCUGUCGCCGCGAGGGUGCUGCGCAUCUGGAGGAGUUGGUGGGCGAACGCGCGCCCAUUCCCAGCACAGUGCAUGGUCUAUCGACUUGGCUCAAGGAGUACUCCUUCGUGGUGGAGCUAUGUGGAACUCUGUGCAUUUUGGAGCGCAUCUCGUUGAAGGAGUGGCAACAAGUUCUGGCGGAACAACAGCAGGGCAGGAAGUUCACGUUCGUGUCCUUCGGUCUUUUCGACAAGACCACCCCCAACAUGUGGCACUUCUGUGAAGACUUCGAGGUCCCCAAGAUUGCCGGUGUGGAAGUCCAGGUGAAGCCCACCAAAACCCAGACCACGCAAGUCCAAAACUAUUGAGCACCGAGCACCGCCGGUGUGAAGGAGGCAGGCGCGGACGCCUGGCGGCUUGUUGAGUUGAGUUUCCGGCAGCCAUAGAAACCAUGAAAAAAGGUUUUAUGCCAUACCGGCAGCCAUACAUGGAGAGUUUAUGGAUGUUUGCUUUCCAGACCAUGCCGGGACUUGAUCGUCCGGGACGUGGAGGCUCUUGAUGAAUGAACCUAUAUAUACACAUAUUAUAAAACCAUAAAACCGUGAUGAGGUUUUUCAAUCCAAGGUUAUAUAUAUAAUCAAGAGUCCAGAGUCUAUAUUAGGCAUUUACCUUCCAGGAUCCUAUCCAGGCUUGCAGCCAGAAUACGACCGGCCUUCUUUUGUCGCGUCGAACCGUUGCGGCUAAAACCCCAAAAGGAUGUUUCACCCCUCGUCUCCCGUGCAAGGAUGUUUCACCUGAAGAAGGCUUAUAAAAUGGUGCAAAGCAUUUUUCCACUUCCAAAUCGAUGCCAGAAGCAACUCCGGCGAAAAGCAACUCAUAGCCACUCUCGCAGCCGUUUGGUUCAUUGCCCGCCGUUUUUGUGGCAUUUUGUUUGCGAAGUGACUGGCAACAUGUCCAUUCGCUUCGUCGCUGCGGCGCUCGUCUCGCUGUCCUUGCGGAUCGUAGGGGCUUCUGAGCUGAAGCGUUUCGUGGUUUACUCCGAUCCGAUUUUCCUCCGCCCUGGUGAAGUCCACAACCGAUAUGUCUUGCCCAAGGCUUUGCCGCAAGAGAUCGUGCAGAAGUUCGCAAACAAGACCAUGCACAUGAAGAGUGCGCAGCUGGACAUCGUGUUGGUGAACAAUGAGACGGGUGAGAAAUCGCCAGCCCCGCUCUACAUGACCUACAACCACCACCACGCGCUCAUGUUGGGGCCUCACGAGGACCUCAUGAAGUUGUACAACUACACCAAGGAUCACGAUCCAUUGGACCCCACCAGCUUCCCCAACCAGACGAAGAAGCACCACAUGCACCGAGGGUGCAUGAUGAAGCGCCGCUCCUUCGAGGCCCUGCUCACGGCCGCGCUGCCGCAGGGCCGCCGCUCGCAGGUGGCCGCCUUCGGCGGCGCCAGCGGCGCGGAGUACCGCGGCACGUCCACCAAGCUGGCGGGACGCUACACGUAUGCAGUGGACAGCCCGGACAGUUUCAUGGUGCUGAUGCACUUCAUCAACACAUAUGGCGCACCUGAAAGCCAGAAGCUCUGGGAGUGUCCUUGCACCAGCGCCCGCAAGAUCGACGUGAAGAACGGGACCAUUGACGGUCAGAAGCCGAUCCCUUUCUCCUGUUCCCAGCAGUUGAUUGACGAGAAGAACACCGCCUGCAGCUUUGCGACGUAUGAGGGUGGCUACCGCUGCUGCGAGCACGGCGUUUUCCUGACCGAGGGCCCUCAUCCGGCUGGGCCCCUGCAGCAGAUCGAAGCGAAAUUCACCUUCGAGUUCUACGAGCCGGACGCACCGGAGGUGAAAACAGCUCGGCCCACCAUGCAGCCCUCUUGCUGCGAUGCCACUGGAGGGUAUCUCUCCAACAGCUCCUACUUCGCCAACUUGGAGUAUGACAUUCCCCAGUGCAGUCCCGGUACUCCGCCUGAGCAGUGUGAGCACGUGAUCUCCAGCGUGGAAUACUUCGACGUGCCCAGCUCCAACAGCAGCGACCCCAACGAGGAGUUUGAAUUGGUCCACGCCUGGGGGCAUCAACACGUGGGUGGAAAUGGCUUGGAACUUUACAAGGAUUCCACCGGAGAACUCUUGUGCCGGAGCCAUCCGAAAUAUGGCACUGGAGAGCAAGCAGGAGAUGAGAAGGGCUUCGUCGUUGGUAUCCCGCCCUGCGUUUGGGGCCCUCCGCCGCUGCCAGCGCCACCGCGCUUCCGCCGCCACGACCACGUGCGCACGGUGGCCAGGUACAACUCGACUGAGCGUCACCACGGAGUGAUGUCUUUGUGGCUCUUGACGGCUGCGCCAGUGAAUUCGCCAAGCACCAGGGCAGAGGUUUUAAUCUGAACGGGCAAUUGGACAGAAUCAAUGCAUUUGAAAAACAUAAAUAGAUCAAUAGAUAAUAGAUAUAUAUAUAUAUAUGGAGUCCGGCCAAAAGUCUAUAAUCAAAAAAUUAGACAACGAAAGUAA